AUGAUUGAGAACGGUUCUGAAGAGCUUUGGCCAAACAAAAAGCGUAGUACACAGGCUCUACAUGAUCAAAGCUCGACAAUACAUCCAGAUAUUCCAUUAUCGUACAUUACAGACUCGGUCGAGAUAAAGCCAGACGGAUGGUGUGGGUUCAGAACUUUGUCGUAUCUUGAAUAUAAAAGCAAUCAAGAUAAAUACGCCGACAUCAAAAAAAGAAUGCAUGAGUACGUGGUGGCUAAGGGAAAAAGCAUUUGUUUGUCUUACAUCUGUGGUGGCAGCCAGACGGAAUAUGAAAAACUGGUCAAAAGGAUGUCUUAUGGUGUCGCCUUUGGUGAUAUUGAGGCCGACUGUCCCAAGGAGUACUGGUUUGACGGAAGCGUGGAUAUUCAGUUGGUAGCCAAUGCUUUGGAGUGGCUGAUUGCUUGCUAUACAUCUGGUCCAUGGGCGAAAUAUCAUCCGCCGUUGCUGACAUUGCCAUACUCUGUACUUUAG